AUGGUAAAGAUAAGUGCAGCAAACUGGAUGGACAUGAUAACGAAGCUCAACGCCGUUGGCCCACCUGUUAAAACGGUCGCUGAAUGGAAGCGGGUCUGGCCGACACGGAAAUACAAAACGAAGACAAAAUUGUCUUCUAAUAAAAAAUCUCCUAAGAAAACAGGAGUAGGACCGUAUUCGGUGAAAGAGUUAACAUUCGCCGAUGAAUCGAUAAUCGAAGCCUGUGGGCUGGAAGCAACCGUUACUGGUAUUCCGGGUGUUGCUUCCUACGGUUUCAAUAGCGAGAUGGAGGAGGAAGAUGAUCGCGGCGACGAGGAUAUUCCAACCGAUGAUUACUUAAUGGAAUCUGUGUUUGACCAUCAGACGGCAGAUCCGAGCUUGACCACCACACCACAAGCCCCCAAACGACAGAAAAAGAGUGUGCAACUGUUAGAAAACAAGUCGAAAUAA